AUGCCGUCUCAGAACCCUACCGUCGCCAUCUCGGCCCCCGGCAAGGUCCUGCUGGCUGGAGGCUACCUCGUGCUGGACAGGCAGUACACCGGUCUCGUUUUUGGCUUGAGCGCGCGGAUCAAUGUCAUCGCCGGAGAGAUCCAUACCGGGCCUGGUGUCCAGCUGAACGAGAUCGUCGUCGACAGCCCACAGUUCCAGGAUGCUCAGUGGCGGUAUGGCUACCACCUUGCACCUGAGGAUGGGGGGAUCAAGGUGACGCAACUCCAAGUGGGCACCAAGCUGAACGCCAACCCUUUCGUCGAGACCACCCUGAGCUACGCCCUCACCUACAUCAACAGCAGGACCGCGGGGCUCAGCGCCCCAACCAUCCGGCCCGCCCGCCUCAUCAUCCUCGCCGACGACGACUACUACUCCAACCAGGGCACGCCCCAGGGCCGCUUCGCCAAGUUCCCCGUGCCCCUGGGCGAGGCCCACAAGACCGGCCUGGGAUCCUCCGCCGCGCUCGUCACCUCCCUGACGGCGUCCCUCCUGGUCCACUACCUCCCCGCGGAGCUGUUCGACGUCGCCUCGGAGGGCGGCAGGCGGACGCUCCACAACCUCGCCCAGGCCGCCCACUGCGCGGCGCAGGGCAAGGUCGGGUCCGGGUUCGACGUCGCGGCCGCCGUGUUCGGGUCGUGCCUCUACAGGCGGUUCUCGCCGCAGAUACUGAGCGCGAUCCCCGAGCCGGGCACGCCCGGGUUCAGCUCCAAGCUAGUGGGCGUGGUGGACGGCACCGCGUGGGACGUCGAGUUUGGCAGGGACGCGCUCGGCAUGCCGGGCGGCGUGGCGCUGCGCAUGUGCGACGUGGACUGCGGGAGCCAGACCGUCGGCAUGGUGAAGAAGGUGCUGUCCUGGAGGGCGUCCGACGAGGACCGGUCGAAGAGGCUGUGGGACGACCUCCAGUCCCGGAACGUGGGGCUCGGCGAGACGCUCAAGUCCGCGAAGACGGGAGAGCUGCCGGGGAGGCUGCUCGAGGUCCGCGAGCUCGUCAGGGAGAUGGGCCAGCUGAGCGACGUGCCCAUCGAGCCCCAGAGCCAAACGGAGCUGCUUGAUGCUCUCAGUGCGGUGGAAGGUGUGUACGGCGGGGUGGUUCCGGGAGCAGGCGGUUUCGACGCCCUGGCCGUUCUGAUGAAGGACGAUGCGGAAACCAAACAGCAGGUUGAAGAGUUCCUGGUCAAGUGGAGUCAAGAGAAGGAUGCCAAGGUGAAGCUGCUCAAGGUGAAGGGCGAAAUGGAGGGUGCCCGUCGCGAGAACUUGGAGAUAUAUGAGGGAUGGAUUUAA